CGCCAGCCUCCUUGAGCAGCAUCAGCAUCAGCACCAGCAGAGACGUCUUCUUCAUCCCCAUCCUCUCUGUCCACUGCGGAACAUCGGCCCGCUUUCAGACCCACCGAGCCAUGGACAACACCGGCAAAGAGAAGGAGGCCAUGCAGCUGAUGGCGGAGGCCGACAAGAAGGUCAAGGCGUCGGGAUCCUUCCUGGGAGGGAUGUUCGGGGGGAACCAUAAGGUGGAGGACGCCUGUGAAAUGUACGCAAGAGCGGCCAACAUGUUUAAGAUGGCAAAGAACUGGAGUGCUGCAGGGAACGCGUUCUGUCAGGCCGCCCGGCUCCACAUGCAGCUUCAGAACAAGCUGGACUCCGCCACCAGCUUUGUCGACGCCGGCAACGCCUACAAGAAGGCCGACCCACAGGAGGCCAUCAACUGUCUAAACCAGGCCAUCGACAUCUACACUGACAUGGGCCGGUUCACCAUCGCAGCCAAGCAUCACAUCACCAUCGCAGAGAUUUAUGAGUCCGAGUUGGUGGAUAUUGACAAGGCCAUUGCUCACUACGAGCAGGCAGCAGAUUAUUACAAGGGAGAGGAGUCGAACAGCUCAGCGAACAAAUGUCUUCUGAAGGUGGGCUACUACAGCGCUCAGCUGGAACAGUAUCAGAAAGCCAUCGAAAUCUACGAACAGGUUGCUAUGAGCACUAUGGACAAUCCUCUGCUGAAGUACAACGCUAAAGAGUAUUUCUUCAAAGCUUCGUUGUGUCACUUUAUAGUGGAUGAGCUGAAUGCCAAGCUGGCCAUUGAGAAGUAUGAGGAGAUGUUUCCAGCUUUCUCAGACUCAAGAGAGCUCAAACUGCUAAAGAAACUCCUUGAGGCCCACGAGGAACAGAACAGCGAGGCGUUCACGGAGGCCGUGAAGGAGUUUGACUCGGUGUCCCGCCUGGACCAGUGGCUGACCACGAUGCUGCUCCGCAUCAAAAAGACCAUCCAGGGAGACGCCGGAGACUUAAAGUAGAGAAACACGACAGAGGGGAGAGACGCAGGGAGGGAGGCGGACGGAAAGCCAGGAUGGUAUCAGAGGGAAGGGGGAUGACAGAAGGGUUUUAAGGGGGAGAAAAGUGACAGGAAGAUGAAUCGGGUUGAGGGAGGGAUGGUGGAAGAGAGAGAGUUUACAGAUGUACAUAUCAGUCUGCAUGUGACCCCAGUCAAAUUAGCACCCCCUUUAAGUCACUGUUACUCCACCCUGUGUCCCCGUCCUGCAGUAUUGCUCCAUAUCACUGGACAGAUUAUACUAAAAGAGACAAAGUGGGAGGAUAACGCGCGUGCGAGGGAGAAAAUGUGCGUUUGCGUCCACUCCAGUCGGAUCAAAUCUACUUUUUGAUGAGGUGUGCAUAUAUAUAUGAUACUGAAAAAUAUAGAAUUGCUAUUUAAGAAAUUGUUCAUAUUUAUUGUCAAUAUGAAAAUAGCGUUUAUUAUUGUGAUCAAUGUUGCAAUUUGUCUCAAUAUUUUAGGUGUUAGCCCCUGGAGUCUCCUCCUCUGUUUUCCUUCACACCCCAUCUGAGUUAGUAAAAUCCCCCGCUGUGAUUGGUCAGUUCUUGUGGAGGGGGGGCGGUGCAGUCAGCUAACAGAGAUGGUUUCUGUUGCUGCCUUCUUUGUGCAUGUCUGUGUUGACGUAAAUGUCCUCUGUGUUGUGCGAACAUGUAAAAACCUAUGUGUAGCCUGAUACAUUUGUGUGAAAUCAGUAAAUAUGUACUUCAGAUACAAAGCUGAAAUAAAACAUCUUCACUCUA